GAUAACGGUCAUUUAAUUUGCUUUGAAUCCAUAUAUAGUAGCGGCUGGGCCAAGUAGAGUCAUGAAGUAGGCCUAGCUCAGCUGGCUUUGAAGAAUCUUCAACCAUUCACGUCCAGCUCAGAGCCUCUGUCACUUUGGCCUAUCAACAUGGCUCUCUUUGUUCUCUUCUUCCUCCUCGCCGCCGCUGCCACCGCCGUCAACGCCACCGACCACAUCGUCGGAGCUAACAAAGGCUGGAACCCAGGGAUCAACUACACCCUCUGGGCCAACAACCAAACCUUCUACGCUGGUGACUAUAUCUCGUUUAGGUACCAGAAGACGCAGUACAAUGUGUUCUUAGUGAACCAGACUGGAUAUGAUAACUGCACAAUAGAAGGUGCAUUUGGGAACUGGACUAGUGGAAAGGACUUCAUUAUGCUGAACAAGACACAGAGGUAUUACUUCAUUUGUGGCACCGGUGGUUGCAUGAACGGUAUGAAGGUCUCGGUGGUUGUUCAUCCUCUUCCGUCUCCUCCAAUGUCAGCCGUUGCCGCCGAGCAUUCCUCCAAAGAGUCUGCUGCUCCGGUGGUAGCGCGUGGUUUUGGGUCACUACUGGUUACAAGCUUCGCUUUUUUUGGAUUGACAUUAUAUGGUUCAGUUUGGAUCUAGCAAAGUUUAGGUCCUUUUGUUUGAUAUUGUUGUACUAGUAUCGCUCGAUUGAAUUCUGAAACUGCCACAAACAUAAGUGUGAAGUGUGCAUCUGUCAUUUUCAAUGUAUGUUCUUAAUUUCAAGGAGUUUCUGUUCUUGCUA